CCCCUCCCUGGCCCCCAUCGAGGGGGGGCGGGGGGAGCUGGUGGGGGGAGGGGCGCUGCUGCUCUACCGCUGCCCCCCCCGGCCGCGCCCCCUCCCCCACCGCCCUGCGCCGCUGCGGCCCCGACGGAGCCUGGGACCCCCCUGCCCAGGGGGGGGGCGGGACCCCCCCGCUGCCAAGCCGUGUGGUGCCCGGGCCCGCUGGAGUUCGAGCACGGCUGGUUCUACCCGCGGGGGGGGCGGCACCCCCCGGGCUCGGUGCUGCGCUACGGCUGCGCGGGGGGCUUCACCCUGAGGGGACCCCCCGAGCGGCGCUGCGGGAACGGGGGGCGCUGGGAGGGGCCCGACCCCGUCUGCGACGAUGGAUCCGGUGACUGCCCCGCCCCGCCAGUGCCUCCGGGGGGGUCCAUGGAGGGGUCCCGGGCCCGCUUCUCCGUGGAGGGCGUGGUUCGGUUCCGGUGCCGCCCGGGGCUGCAGCUCGUGGGCUCGGCCGAGCGCCGCUGCCUCGAGGGGGGGGCGUGGAGCGGCACCGAGCCCCGGUGCCGGGACCCAAAUUCCUUCGACACCCCCCGAGGACGCGGCCGAGGCGUUCCUGGCGUCCCUGACCCAAACCGUGGAGGCGGCCGAGGCCAACCGGAGCCAGGAGGCCACGGCCAAGCGGAAGAUCCGCCUGGAGGGGGGAGGGGCGCUGAACGUGUUCCUGCUGCUGGACGCGUCGCGCAGCGUGAACGCGCAGGACUAGAGAACGCGCGCGGGGCGCUGGGCGAGCUGGUGGAGAAGGUGCGAGCCCCCAAAAAACCCCGAAAUCACCCCAAAACCAGCCCGGAAACCCCAAAAAAAAACCCGAAAUCACCCCAAAAACACCCCGGAAAACCCCGAAAUCACCCCAAAAACACCCGGAAAACCCCGAAAUCACCCCAAAAACACCUCGGAAAACCCCAAAAAAACCCCGAAAUCACCCCAAAAACACCCCGGAAAACCCCAAAAUCACCCGGAAAACCCAAAAUCACCCGGAAAACCCCAAAAAACCCCAAAAUCACCCCAAAAACACCCCAGAAAACCCAAAAAAAACCCCAAAAACACCCCAAAAACACCUCAGAAAACCCCAAAAAACCCCGAAAUCACCCCAAAAACACCCCGGAAAACCCCCAAAAAACCCCAAAAUCACCCGAAAACCCCAAAAAACCUCAAAAUCACCCCAAAAACACCCCGGAAAACCCAAAAAAACCCCAAAUAACCCCAAAACCACCUGAAAAACCCCGAAAUCACCCCAAAAACACCCCGGAAAACCCCAAUAAACCCCAAAAAUCACCCCAAAAACACCCCGGAAAACCCCAAAAAACCCCGAAAUCACCCCCAAAACACCUCGGAAAACCCCAAAAAACCUCAAAAUCACCCCAAAAAUACCCCGGAAAACCCCAAAAAACCCCGAAAUAACCCCAAAAACACCCC